AUGCGCGGCCUCUCUCUAGUCGGUCUCACUCUUCUCCUGCGCUCACAUCUCACAUAUGCCGAGAAGGUCCCGGUCAAAGAUAUUGGAGAUAACUUCACUGUCGAUGGAAACAGAGUGAUAUGGCCUGAUGGGCCCUUUACCGGGAGUCUUUCUUGCACUGGUCCUGACAAGGUGCUCAGCUUGAGUGCUGAUAAGAAGCACGGCACCUGCUGCCCACCGGGCGCGAGUCUCAAGGGAUCUCCCAAGACUGAAUGGCACUGUUGUGGCCAAGGUCACGAUGUGACGGGCUCCAAAGCCGUCGGCUUUGAGUGCUGUCUGGAAGGUUCCACCUUUGACGGCAAGACGUGCAAGCGAACGAAUAAGUGCACUAAUGGCAAGGAGAUGAUCAAUGGGAAAUGCCAGUGUGCUGAUGGCAAGGAGGAAGCUGCAGAUGGUACUUGCAAGCCUGUUAAGUGUGACUCGGGCAUUAAAACUGGAAAAUGCUACUUCUUCAAGGGACGAUCAGGCAACUAUUUGACAUUCAACGCCAACCAAUACUCCGAAACCGGCCUGAGCAAGUACAUCAGACCUGGCAAGUUCCAAUUCUGUCGAGACCAAAAAUGCACUCCUGGCCUGCCUGUCAAUCCCAGUAAUGAGGUUAAUAUCAAAGAUCUCCACGGCACGCUGCCAGCCGCAACCGAUGCCGGACAGUGGCUGGAUGGCAAACAGAACGGUGGACACAUAGGAAAGACAACCGACUAUUCCAAGGCUGGAAACUUCUCGAUCACCAAAUGGCCCUGCGGAAAGUACUGUCUUACCGGAUUCGUCGAAGGAAUCACGCAGGCUUGUCCAGACGUCAGUCCUGGCAUCAGCAUGGACACCCGUGCCACAGACUCGUGUAUUGAGUACGAGCUUCUGGAGGUACCUUGCAACCUCAGAGAUGAUGCCAAUAACUGCAUCUGGAAGAAUGGCGAUCAAUGCUGUGAUAAGAUUGAUUGCUGCGGGAAGAAAUCAAGUGAGCGCUUUACGUGGUUGAAAGCAUUCGUCUAUGCUAUUCUGUUCUUGGUCACUCUAAAUUCCGUCAAACUCUUUUCCUUGCUUCAGUCUUAUGUUUUGGGCUGGUUGGGCGCUCUUCCUUUGUCGUACUUCAACCAAGGGGACAUUGGACGAGAAUCUGGUUAUCAUGCCGAGUCCUCUCAGUCUCAUGAGGAAUCUUCCAAGCCUGUUGAUGAUGAUUCCAAGCCUCUUGAUGAAUCGUCUCAGUCUCAUGAUGAGUCCUCUAAGUUGCUAGAAGAGUCAUCUAAGUCUAUGAAAGAAUCCUCUCAGCUUCAUGAGGAAUCAUUCGAGUCUCAUGAAGAGUCUUCUCAAUCUUUCGAGGAAAUUCACGAGGAAUCGUCUCAGUCUCAGUCUCGUGAUGAGUCCUCUAAGAUUCUUGAGGCGCCCUCUAAGUCUACACAGAAACCAUCUGAGCUUGAGCUUCACGAGGAACCGUCUCAAUCUCCUGAGGAGUCCUCUGAGUUUCUUGGGGCAUUCUCUAAGUUUGUUGGGGAAUCCUCUCAGCUUUAUGAGGAGUCAUCUCAGCUUCAUGAGGAAUCAUCCAAGUCGCUCGUGGAAUCCUCUCAGUCUCAUGAAGAAUCGUCUAAAUCUCUUGAGGAGUUCUCUAAGUCGCUCGAGGAGUCUCGUGAAGAAUCUUCUCGGUUUAAUGAGGAAGAAACUUCGCUCCUUGAAAGUGGCAGUUACUCGGUAAAUGUUGUUUCGUAUCAGGGAUAUCGUUCCUCGCCAUAG